AUGAAGACGACACAAGCAUGGAAGAGGAAAGCGAUAGCCGAUAGCAAUAACGAAGGCUUAUGGAGUGUCGACGAAGAAGACGAUGACGUCGAGAGAUCUCCGACAAUUAACUAUUCAAACAUGAUAGAACCGGGGUGGGAUGUGGACAGUUACGAUGGUUACGAAUGCUACGACUCUGAUGACCGUAAAAGCUUCUCCUACGACGAGGAGUACGAAGAGUUCCGAGAAUUUAAGUUCCAGGCCUGGAAGAAUAAGGGUUUUGUAGAAGAAGAUCCAUUCAGGUCCAUCUUCCCCCUUACUGAUCUGGAACGACGUUUUAGAAACAUGACAACAAGGGAAUAUUUGGCGGAUAUUGCUUCCUUGUGUGUUAAGAAACUCAACGAGGAUGUGACUUACUUAGGGUACGUCUGUGGAAUUUGUAGUAUAGUGAGAGGCAAUCUAAAAGCAGGAGGUGGGUGGAAGCUGUACAUCACCUUUAUGGCUCGAGAGUAUCCGGAUGGUCCUCUUGUAGAGUAUCAAGGCCAUGGAUUUUGGAGGAGGCAGUGA